GUGAACUCGGAAGCAUGGGAAAGUUCUACUCACUUUUUUCCCCCCCCGGAAUCUUUUUAAAGAAGGCAAAUACGACUCAGAGGGGGCAUUGAGGGACGAAGAAACGGGGAGACCGAGACGUUCCACGAAAGAAAAAGGAGCAGAGGAUGUCCAGAGCUGACUGGUCCUUCUUGGAGCACCUACUGGAGGAGGGCCAGGAGUAUUCGACGGGCAUCGGCCGUGUCUGGCUCACCGUUCUCUUCCUGUUUCGCAUGCUGGUGCUCGGCACCGCGGUGGAGUCCGCCUGGGACGACGAGCAAGCGGACUUUGUCUGCAACACGCGGCAACCGGGCUGCACGGCCGUCUGCUACGACAAAGCCUUCCCCAUCUCCCACUUCCGCUACUUCGUCCUCCAAGUCAUCUUCGUCUCCACGCCGACCAUCUUCUACUUCGGAUACGUGGCGAUACGGUCCGGGAAGGAAGAAGUCGGGAUAAAGGAAGGCAAGCAUGUGGAAGAAGGCGGUGCAAAUGGGACAGAGGACAUCACAGAAAGAGAUGGCAAAAAUGUGCCGAAAGAUAACGACGGGGGUGCUCGUAAAGUUUGCGUAACUGAGAGGGGCCCACAUGAAGCUCCAAAACUCAAAGGCAAGUUGUUAUGCGCAUACACGUUCAGCAUUUUUGUAAAAAUUCUCCUGGAGGUGGGCUUCAUGCUCGGGCUGUGGUUCCUUUAUGACGGCUUUCUAAUCGAAGCAAAGUUCGAGUGCGUGGGCUUCCCCUGCCCUCACAAGGUGGACUGCUUCGUCUCACGGCCCACCGAGAAAACCAUCUUCACCGUCUACACUCAGGCCAUCGCCGCCGUGUCCUUGCUGCUCAACCUCAUCGAGCUGCUCCACCUGCUUCAGCUUGCGAUUUCCCACCGGCUGAAGAAACGGUACCAGUCCCAGGGGCUGGUGUACCCGCCGCGGUCCGGACGGGCGGCGGCCGUGCCCCGACGGGAGGCCCCCGAGACCCGAGAAGAGAAACCGGAGUCCUACGACGGGAGCCUGGCGCCGCCGAGCCAGACCACCGGCUACCCGAACCCCUGCGAAAGGUUUGGCGAUCUGGCCAUAACUGUCAACUGGGAAACCGCGGAGGCCGGGAGCGACGCGCUUCCCAGUUAUGUGAACUGCAUAGAGGCGAUGAGAACGUCACGUUCGCCCAGGAACCACAAUGGACAAAAGGCCAAGAACAAGCAGAGAGGAGUUUCAAAACAGAAGCACUAUGUCUAACUGAAGCGCCGUGAGAGCCCGUUUCUUAUUUUUCUUUGCACAUGACACUGCCGUAAAAGAGGUGCCUAAUAAGCGCUCAAAUAACUGACAAGAGUUGCACUGUGAAGCCGACGCCUGCGAGGCAACAGCACACUUCAGACAUUUUGGAGAGGACUCCCCGAGGCUACCAGAAAUCCCGCUUUACGGUCAUGUUACUUUCUUGUUACAGUAGCUUCAAUAUGUUUGCGAGAAUACAACGUGUUAAGGGCGCCGGAUUUUAUGUGAGCAUUUAAGGGAGCAGGACAGUAAAUCAGAUAUAAAUAAAUACACUCCCUCGAGGGCUUAGCUGUCACCCCUGGGGCACUCCUCUGUCGGCACGAUGGAAAGUUCUGGUCUCAGCCGUGCUCCCGAGAGGGUGAUAGCUGUGUGAAUAUGUACUGUUUGAUUUUCAGUCGUAUUUCAUGACUUGGAUAAGGGGGUUAGUGGUUAGAUAAGAGAAGGGGAAACAAACUACGGACCUCCCGAGGAUUUUGAACGGCUCACUACGACGCAAAAAUUGGUAUCGGAGCAGUAGACCGCUGAACAGACUCCAGUCGGGGUAAAAAAAAAAAAAAAGCUUGAAAUAAGUCUGGCUGCAAACUUGAUGGACUCAAGGUGGUACAGACGGUGCAAAAUCAGUGAAAUGUGUAUUUAUAUCAAAUGUUUUGAAACUAUUUAUUCAAAUGAGAAAAAAUAAAUUCAUUUUAAACUGUCACAAAUGAAUUAUAGAUAAGAUCAUUUCAUCACUCUUUUAAUUCCUCUCUCCAACCGCUGCAAGGGAGUAACAGUGUUAAAUUAUAUUGUGCUGAAAGUACAGCAAAGGUGCUCGAGUCCACUUUUUGUUCGCUCUGUUUAAAAUCCUCCGGGGGGGCCUCAUUGUGAACACUUUUUAUGGUGAGCAAUUGAGGAAAAUAAAUCCAAGACUGCGCUUUUGCUCCAGCCACCUAUCCAAUUUUCAUUCCUAAUUCCUUAGAGAAUCAGAAUAUAUGUAGGUGUGAAUGACAAUUUUUGGAGACGCUCGCUUCGGUUCUGAUCCUAAUUAGGAUCGUUAAGCCUUGGUCGAGUUUGCGCUACCCAGUGGUCCACAAGUUCUUUUUUUUUUUUAUGCAUCUUUUUUGCUGCAGUCGAAUGGAAAGUUGGCGUUGUUCUACAAUAAUAGGAAGACCAUCCUCAAAGGGGAACUUUCAUUAUGUCGAGACACAAUUCAAGGCAAACUGGCCGAUAUUGUUCCGCGAAACAAUCCAAACAAACCCCCAAAGCUGCCCGUUUCCAGGUCUAUUCACUAAAAACUUGGCUGGCAUUCCAGCAAAGUCCUAUUAUCUUAGUCCAGGUGGGCGGGUGCGCGCACGGGCACAACGUCGUUAUUGUUAACGUGGGUCAUGAAAAGCCACAAAGAGAGGUCCUGGCCGUAGAAGGGGGGGCACGAGGGGCAUUCAACAGAUUGCUGAGGUCGACCCGUGUUGUCAUUCUAGCUGCCGGCUCGAGCGAUCGCCUUCCUGGCGAGUUUUAACGAUGAACUGCGACUCUUCUUGGUUGUGAUUACAGAGGAUUUCUUCGGCACCGGUCCUGGGAAAUCUGAAUCCUUCACACGUGUAAAACUAAUGUGAAUAAGAUUUCGAGUCACCGUGUGGGGACGAUGUGAGUGGCAGGUCACCCUAAAAGUCCAACGCGAGCGCUUUUGGGAUGGACUGCCAUUGUGACCGUGUUUCCUGAGAUUGUUGAAGUCGGUGCUGAUGCAUUGCCUCACUCUGUUGGUAAGCCACGUCUAACUGGUGACGUAAAAAUGUGCUUUUUUCACACAAUUAAAGCAUGACUAAGGCAUUGGGCCGACUGUCUUCAACUGUUUGAAAGUAAUUACAGUAUCGUGCAGCCGUUGUUGUUCUUCCGGAAGUGCACUCAUUGUGGUACUCAUUUAAAGCCACAGCCGACAUGCGCCAACUCCCUUUUGCUUCCUGAACUUUCACCAUGACUGGCACACGACUCGCCCCGUAUCCGUAACAAUAUCAAGUCCAAGGUGCCAGUCUUUAGUUUGGGCGUUUUGCCCCGCAACAAAGCACAACCGUAGCCAAUCACUAAAUUUAGAUUCUGGAUAGGAAGUGGGUCUGUAUCUGUUUCCUCUUCCACUAUUGUUUCCCCUGGGACUGUUCCACCGAGGAACGUUCACCCUGACAAUGGGAGCAGCAGUGGGCAUUGUUCGACGCUGCGGAUUGAAAGCCGUGUGAAGUGCUAUAAAAAUUGAAAAAAAUUAAAAACUAUUCAAAAUCGUUCAACAACACGCGUGCAAUAGCACAACACUUCCGUGUACUGGGUCAAGCACCUCAAAUUAGUGAGUAGGUACAAAAAUGAUUUUUUUGUUUUAAAUGUUACAGUGCAGGCGGCACGGUGGGAUCAGCUGGAAAGCGUUGGCCUGACAGUUCUGAGGUCCCGGGUUCGAUCCCGGUCCCGCCUGUGCGGGGUUUGCAUGUUCUCCCCGCGCCUGGGUGGGUUUUCUCCGGGCGCUCCGGUUUCCUCACACAUCCCAAAAACAUGCAACAUUAAUUGGACACACUAAAUUGCCCCGAGGUGGGAUUAGUAAGUGCGACUGUUUAUCUCGAUGUGCCCUGCGGUUGGCUGGCGACCAGUUCAGGGUGUACCCCGCCUCCUGCCCGUUGACAGCUGGGAUAGGCUCCGGCACUCCCCGCGACCCUCGUGAGGAUAAGCAGCUCAGAUGGAUGGAUGGAUGAAUGAUGAAUGACGCCGUACCCUUCAAAGUGUUUAUAUGCAUUAGUUGUAUAGUUGUGUACCUGAAAAAGUACACACUAUCUGUGAUUAUUCGGGGAUGGCAUCCGAGCCAGCAGACAACGCCAUUGUUCCUGCAAGACUUUUUUUUCCGGGUGUCUGCUCAGGAUCUUGGACUGUUUU